AACGACAGACGAAGACACACACGCACGCUGCAGUUGUUUUUACUUCAUUUGUAAAGUUUAAAAUAUUCACAGAAAGCGAGCCCGCGAUCGUGUGACGGCUGAAGGAGAAGCUUCUUUAUAUUAUUCAGAGGAAACGCACGCGGAUCAGGAGGACGGGAAUUAUGCUGAAGAAAGUGAAGACAGGACUUGGAAAGAGGAUGGAGGAGCCAGUCCUGCAGCUCCAGCAAAAAGUUCAGGCUGAGGAGGAGAUGGCCAAGAAGAAGGAGGAGACGCUCACGCUGUACCUGCAGGAUAAGCUGCAGACGGAGCAGGAGAGAUCUGCGGUGAAGCUAGAGAAGCUGGCCGACACCUGGAGGACGAUUCUGAGUCAGACCCAAGACCUGGAGCUUCGAAGUGACAUUACUGUGUUACACCAGACAUUUGAGAAGAAGCUGGAUAAGCUGAACUCUUUGAUUAAGAAACUGAAGGGUGAGCUGCAGGAGGCGAAGCUUCAGGAGACGCAGGCGCAGCAAAGCCACCUGGAUCAUGUGGAGCGUCUUUGGCUUCACCACAAAGAACACCUGGCAAGUCUUCAACAGCAAUGGAACAAAGCCCUCGAGGACCAGCAGUCCCUCCACAGAUCUGAGAGGGAGCAGAUGCUGGUCCAGAUCCAGCAGCGACGAGUCCAUCUGCAGGAUCUGCAGCAGCAAAUCCAACUCCGGGACGGCAUGUUGUCUGCAGAACAGAGCAGCGAAGAGAAGAUGGAGAAGCACGAGCUCUAUCUGAUAGAAAACUUGCCUAUGUCCACUGUGGACGAGGAUGAGAAAUGCAUGACCGAUACAAAGGAGGUGAAGGGCUGUGAAGGGCUCCACAAUGUUGAUUUUGACAAGCUGAUCAUCAGAAAGCAGCAACAACAGAAAUCAAACCAGAGGAGAUAUAUGAGGCUGAAGGUGAAGGAUGAUAAUUUGGAGGUUAAGGAGCGGAAGCUGACCGGUACCAUCGUCAUCCUGAAAUACAGGUGUGGGCAGCUCCGAGAUCAGAUAAAAAAAAAUCGCAGAGCAUCCAGGAAACAGCUUGUCGAGGUCAUCAAUGCGGGCGACGCUGUCACCAAAAAACUGAAGGCCGUCCUCGCAAAGGAGGAGAGAAUGCUGCGUCGCAUCAAGAUAUGCCACAAGUUGGAGAGCAAAGUCGCUCCAUUGCUGUCACCGUGGCUGCCCAAUGACAGCUACAUACAGGAUCUCAGCGACUUUCAGGAGAAAACCAUCUGUCAGCUUGAUCUCAGCUACCUUCAGGUGAAAAUCAAUGCCGCCCUGAUCAACCGGGAUACCCUCAAGAAACAGAGAGCCCACCUGAUCCAAAAGAAACAGCAGCAGGAGCUGAGUCAGGACCCCGACUUUGCCGUGGUUGGACACCCGGCUCCUCUGCUUGCCUCCCAGGCCCCAUCCGUCCCCUGUGCCUCAACCCUCUCCCUGGCCCCGGCUGGCCCCCGUGCUCCUCUGCUUGCCUCCCGGGCCCCAUCCGUCCCCUGUGCCUCAACCCUCUCCCUGGCCCCGGCUGGCCCCCGUGCUCCUCUGCUUGCCUCCCGGGCCUCAUCCGUCCCCUGUGCCCCAACCCUCUCCCUGGCCCCGGCUGGCCCCCGUGCUCCUCUGCUUGCCUCCCGGGCCCCAUCCGUCCCCUGUGCCCCAACCCGCUCCCGGGCCCCGGCUGGCCACCGUGCUCCUCUGCUUGCCUCCCGGGCCCCAUCCGUCCCCUGUGCCCCAACUCCCUCCCGGGCCCCGGCUGGCCCCUGUGCUCCUCUGCUUGCAUCCUGGGCCCCAACUGUCCCAUGUGCCACCGCCCCUCGGGCCCUGGCUGCACCCCGGGCCCCGACCACACACAGACGCCACACUGUUGGCACACAUCGUCAGACAAAGUUUUGA